CCUUGUAAUUUUUACCUGUCCCCUAUAGCCAUUCUUGAAUCUAUCUUAUUCUUACCCUCUUCAAAGAGAGAGAAAAAGUAUAAUUUAGUAGCAAUAUGCAAGUUGAAAGAUUAAUUAAUGGUCUUUGGCACAUAGUUUUGGGCAAUCUUGAGCAUUUAGCAAACAACAAAGCUUUCAUAUCAGAUAAAGUUAGAAUCUUUUUGAGCAAAACAUACCAUAUUCAAAGUUAGUUGGGUGAAAACAAGCCCAAGAGAUCCCCAUUUGCUUGGAAGUUGACUUUUCAAGCCAUUUUUUUGAACCAAAAUCUUGAAAAACCUAAUCUUGAACUGGGGUUUUCUUGUUUUUUUGAAACCAUUUUACCUAUAGGGAGUAUUCAAAGUUAACUAGGAGAAAAAUCUCUAAAAUCCCAUGUGUAAAACUAGCCCAAGAGAUCCCCAUUUUCUUGGAAGUUGACUUUUCAAGUCAUUUUUUGUACCAAAAUCUUGAGAAAACCCAAUCUUGAACUGGGGGUUUCUUGUUUUUUUAGUCCAUUUUACAGAUUGGGAGUAUUCAAGGAGAAAACUAUCUAAAAUACCAUGGAAAUAACAAGCCCAAGGGAUCCCCAUUUGCUUGGAAGUUGACUUUUCAAGACAUUUUUUUGUACCAAAAUCUUGAAAAGACUCUAUCUUGAACUGGGGUUUUGUUUUCUUGUUCUUUUGAGAUCCAUUUGUAAGUAUUUGGUGAGUUAUGGGGGAAGAAUCCAAACUUCAAAUUCAUAGUGAAGAGGAAGUUGAAGAAAGUGAGAAUACCGACGGGAUCUGUUGUAGUUCUAUGUUGUGUGCUCCAAUCAACUGGUUUAAAAUGCUAGCUGUGGAAUUGCACUGGAGUUUUGUGUUUGGUGUUGUGAUUGUAUAUGGAGUAAGCCAAGGACUUGGUGGAGCUUUUUCUAUGAUAGGGACAGAGUAUUAUAUGAAGGAUGUACAAAAAGUGCAGCCUUCUGAAUCUCAGGUUUAUUCUGGGAUAACUUCAAUUCCUUGGAUUGUUAAGCCUUUAUGGGGUCUUCUCACUGAUGUUGUUCCGAUUUUGGGGUAUCGUCGCAGACCUUACUUCUUAUUCGCGGGUUCUCUUGGAGUUGUCUCGAUGCUAUUCUUAUCAUUGCACAAGAACUUGCAUAUUGUGUUUGCACUGCUCUCCUUGACCGCAGGAAGUGCGGGGGUUGCAAUUGCGGACGUGACCGUUGAUGCAUGCGUUGCACAAAACAGUGGUUCUCAUCCUUCCCUUGCAGCUGAUAUGCAAAGCUUAUGUUCCUUGAGUUCCUCAAUUGGUGCACUAGUCGGAUUUUCUUUAAGUGGUACCUUAGUUCACUUACUUGGCCCUAUGGGGGUGUAUGGCUUAUUGUCCAUACCAGCUGUGCUUGUGUUUUUGGUUGGAGUUUUGCUCAAGGAACCUCAGACAUACAAUUUUGCUUAUCAACAGGUAAACCAGAACUUCACUGAUGCUGCCAAGGCUAUGUGGAAAACUUUGAAAUGCCCGGAAGUUUGGCGACCAUGUCUUUAUAUGUACUUGUCCUUUGCGCUGAGUUUAGAUAUCCAGGAAGGAAUGUUCUACUGGGCAACAGAUUCAGACGGAGGACCACAUUUUUCGAAGGAAAGUAUUGGAUAUAUAUCAGCUGUAGGCUCCGUUGGAUCGUUAUUGGUGACUAUACUGUACCAAUAUGGACUGAAAGACUAUUGUUUCCGAGACCUGCUCUUUUGGACUCAGUUACUGCUUGGUCUGUCAGGAAUGCUAGAUUUGCUGCUGGUCUUACGUUUAAAUUUGAAAUUUGGCAUUCCCGAUUAUUUCUUUGUGGUGAUAGACGCAAGCAUAUCUCAAAUGAUCAGACGACUAAAGUGGAUGCCACUUCUUGUUCUAAGUUCCAAGCUCUGUCCUUCUGGCAUUGAAGGCACAUUUUUCGCCUUGCUCAUGUCAAUCGACAAUACUGGACUUCUUACAUCAAGAUGGGGAGGUGGAUUGUUGCUUCAUGUCUUUAAAGUUACAAGGACACAGUUUGAUAAUCUCUGGCUCGCCAUUUUGAUAAGGAACAUUUUGAGAAUCACUCCACUUUUUGUACUAUUUUUGGUUCCAAGAAGUGAUCCUAACUCCUCUAGCCUUCCUGAUGAAGUGUCGGAUUCAAAAGAAAACAUUGAAACUCCAGCAACCGAGAAUGAAAAUAUUGAACUUGUCGCUCUGGUUCGCAACAUGGAUGCUAGAUAGCGGAUUAUACACGUUUUAUGGAAGUAACACCAUACUUAUAGAGAUAGUUACGAGGUACAAGUUUUAGACACCAUCUAUUAUUUCGUUUAAAGUUUAGAUAGUAAAAGUUGCUGGAUAGAAGAUUCAUUUUUCUGUGUCUUUAUGAGUUUUUGUCACAUUGAUAACAAAUGUGAACAUGGAAAUUACAGUCUGAAAACAUGUAAAACACUUAUUUCUUGUGGAUCGUAUACGAACAAUGUGAUUCACUCGUUCAGCUUGUGAUUUUUCAUUUAUUGCUCAAUUUUCUGUAUAUUGGAUGUAAUUCUUAUCAUA